AUGAAAGAAGGCGCAACAGUGGAUAGGAAGAUGGGUUGGAUUUGGAGGAAAGGGGUUAGUGUGGGGAAGAAAGUUCUUGCAGCUGGUGUUUUAGUUUCUGCUGCACCAUUCCUUGUUCCACCACUCGUUGUUGCCUCCAUAAUCGCGUUGAUCGCAUCCAUUCCUUCUUGGAUUUUCUUGGCGUGCUAUGUUUUUACUGAAAAGCUGAUGAGAAAACUGCUUCCAGCUACUGCUUUUGGUGGUAGAAGUGAUAAAGUGAUGCUAAUCCCUAACAAGAUUGGUCACGGUGGUCAUAUUUAUGAUGAAGGUGUAGCAAGAGUGGCUAUGAUGAAUGAGCCGUUUUUUGUUCAUACUGAGGAAGAAGACAGAGGAACACCGUUGAGAGUGGCUAACAUUGUGGUUGAUGUGUAUCAAAUCCCUGCGGAUAUGAGAAAAGAGUCAAAGAGCUUGUUAGAGAGUAUAAGAGAUGAGAGUAGAGCUAAUCAGUCACAUGGUAGAGGAAUGUCGGAAAAAACUUACGAAAAGGAGGGCAAAGAGUUGACAGAUCCUGGUGAGGCAAAGUCAGAGAAGGUUGGAGCAGGAAAGAAGAAAGUGUCUGGAGCUAGACAUGCAGGGGAACACGAGUCUACUACAACUGAAGUGUCUAGAGGGAAGGACAUGGAAAAAUCUUCAAAUGAGGUGAAGGUGUUGUAUAGUGAGGAGCAGAUAUGGGCUAAGAUGGAGGCAUUAAGGAAGAUAGUCGGUUACAGUGUUGCGAGGAGCACGUCAUGUUCGGAAGAAUUGAAGGCGCUUUACAUGUUUACAGGUGUGGAACUGCCGACAUCGGUGUUUGUGAAGGAGGAUCAAGAUAUUGCACAAGUCAGUGAGAGACUUUUCUUUCUAAUGUCUGUUAUUGGAAUUAAAUAG